AUGGUUGAAAGGCGUGAGUUCAAAGAUGGAGAGAAAUUGCAGCUGGCUUUGUUUUGCAAUGCCAAGGAGGAGAUCCUGUUAAACAGGAAGCUUAGGAUCUUGGAGUCCAUGAAGAAGCAGGCAGAAACCUCCUUCACUCUUGAUCAAAGAAUCUUGUACAACAGAUUCAGCCUCAAGCUCAGGAGGUCAGAAGCGGCUCAUGCCAAACUGCACGGCAACAGAGACCUUGCCAAACAGCUUUCCCAGAGCCUCUUUCCAAAUCUGCAUACGGUUGUGACGGAUGGUAGCAAAAAGGCGGUGAGAGUUAUACUGCAGAAUGAGGAAGCCUCCCGGACUGUUUCAGCUCCGUGCAGAAUCCAGACUCAUCUGGCUGCAGUCUCAGUUGCCAAGAAUCAGAGCUGCCAAGACUUGCAAGGUAAGGAAGCAGAGAUUAAGGAUCCACAGAGCUACCUUGGAGCUAUUAAGGAAAUUGAUGCACAAAGAGGAUAUCGCAGGAAGGAUGUAUCAGCUGCUAAAAAGGUUUCCAUUUGCAAAAGGCAAACUGACUUAAGUGAGCCUAUCGGCAUUCUUGGAUACAAAAGGCCCUUCACUGCCUAUCCUCAGAAACACGACAGGCUGUCCGAUGUGAAUUACAGAUAUCAAGGGAUUUUGGAGAGAACUUAUUCACAGCUACAGCAUCCACAAGCUGAGGCUACAGAUCCUAACAUGUCUUUGUGCCCUGAAGGACUUGUAAAUAAAGGACUGAAGGAAGGCUUUCUGGAGCAAAAAAAAAGUAGCAAGGGGGAAAGAAAUAAAAAAUGGAGACCUAACUCUAGGAAUCUUUUCUUAGGGUUGGACAACACACCACAGGGAAGAUACUCCAGCAUGGGAAAUCACGUGAUGGUAGACAAUCAUGGCAGUUUUAAUAACAAAGUCAAGCUUUUUGUCCAGAAGAUCGCAGCUUUAAAAAAGGAGGCAGACUCUACUUUACAAGAUUAUUAUUCUGAGCGACUGGUAGAAAAUUUAGGGAGUCAGGUAAAACAGGAUUUUCUAUGGGAUACUCAACAGGAGCAGGCAAAAUGGAAUCCAGUAGGUCCGGAAACCAAUCACCGAAGCAUUACAAUAAAGAAUUUGGACAGGGAUUUUAUGAGAAAGGAAAGUCCUUUAGAAAUUCUGAUAUGGGAAUAUUAUAAUGAGAUUAUUACUAAAGAGAACCUCAUUGAAAGAAAGUGGUUGAACAAUAAUCCUUAUCAACUGAUCGUAAACUAA